AUUCAUGCUGGCCUGCAGGAGCGAUUUCGAGGCGCAACUGGUUUCCUUCUUGUCCGCGCUCGGCUGCCUCUUAUUGGUCUGUCCGUCCAUGAUCAUCGGCGCCGUGGCCAAGACUACAAACUUCACGGCCGCCGGCUACACUGGGGGUCACGUGCUUCGGGAAUCCGAGCAGGCCGACGUCUUACCGUACAGCUUACACUACCUGGUGCCUGUCUACGCGUCGGUCAUGGGCCUCGGAGCGAUCGCGUCCUCCGUCUUUUCGUCGGUCGAUGCGUCGGCGCUCAGCGCAGCCUCGGUCUUCGCCAGGAACAUCUACUUUAACGUCCUGAGGCCUAACGACGCCGGGACACCAGUCGGGACACCAGCCGGGCGCUCCGGCUCCGGACCACGCGCGGACUACGCGGCGCAAGCCGUGGCAGCCGAGGCCGCGUUGUCGCAAACGUCACGAAACUCGACGAGCGUCACCCCCCGAGACUCCGCGGUUGUGUUGAGCCGGGUGACAGCGGAUCCGUACGCCUUCCUCACCGAGCUGGCGGAGGCCGCCAAGCAGCAGACCUCGAGCAUCGCUGCGACCGCGGCGGCGAUGGUCGGCGUCAAUGAUGCGCACCAAGAAUUGGAGAGCGCCGCAGAAACGAGCCGCGAUGCCAGCAAAUUGACCAACGUAACAGCUAAUCCGGAGGUGAAUCCCGAACUGAGCAAAACCUUUUCGUUUGCGCCGAAGCAGCCCAAAGCCGACAGAAGCCGUUCGGCCGGUUCGCUUAAGAAGGGCACACGGAUGCGACGCCGUUCCAGUAGGUCCACGUCGUCGACCUCGUCCAAGUCCAAAAGACAGAAGCAAAAGGCGUGAUGGCGGACCUCCAAAGUCCAAAAAAUAGGCCACGGUGGACAAGACGUUUCUUGAAGGGCCACCGUGUGCGUGUGUGUGAUUUGUACAUAGUCUGCGUUGUAAACUGUGCUUUCUUAUCCUGCCUUAUAUUGUUUUGCAUAGUGUCCUCCAGCACUGCGGCAUAUGUAUUUUUCUCACGAGUGCAUCUUUUUCUUUAACGUAAAACGCCAUAAGACAGCCCGAAAUUGACACACUAGGUUGUAAAUUUCGCUUUCUAAGUUUACGGCGCUUAAGUGCCAUAGUCUCCAAUAUAUUUGAUAUGUAAGCACCCUUAGAAAUCAUAUCUAUCGCUGGCUAAAUGUGGACUGAUGUUGAAUAGUCCCGAAGGACUACAGCAGUCGCCAAACAUGCACCGUUAUAUCUUUCAACUAAAGUCACUGAACAUGAAUUCUUGUGCUGCCGAAACUCGCUUGAUACUGAAGCCCACAGUUCAAUUUUCGCUUGCCCGUUAUAGUUCGUGGGUGCCACAAUGUAUGACGUACUGUGUGUCUACUGAGUUUAAGAACAAUCAAUGA